CGGUCGCAUACAUUUCGCACCGGGCCAUAUCACAAUGGAGAUUGGCACAUGCUGGUCUGCACCGCCCGUCCGUUUCAUCAGAGAUGCAGCCACCACGCAGGUGGGAGCCGCCGUUUUCAGAAUUCCGCGUCUGACAAACAAAGAAACGCGCUUAGCUUCGACAGGACAAAGCACAAUACGGAUUGCUGCAGACGCCUGUUGGACUGUUCUUUGUCUUAUUCCCUUCCCUUCGUGGAAGGCAAGGGCAGAUAAGGGUAUAUGAUGAAAACGUGUACGAUAGAUAGAUAGAUAUAUGAUCUGCCUGCACACGUCUUCAUUGUAUCUCCCGGGGGAGCGCACGAAAGAGACAACCCCUUGACGAUUCAUCAAGAUGGAGACAGACGGCCAAGCCUCUGGCCAUGUUGCCGGACUCAGGGGACGAAGACGCUCCUCUGCCGGGCUGACAUCUUCGAACGGAGACCGCACGCAGGCUUCCAGGCGACUGUCCGCGACAUUGAGGCGCGCUGUACGCAACACUGAAAGCUUCCACCGCAAUCGUGGGAGCCGCGUCCGGAGCGUCAACGACGAUGUCGCGGUUCUCGCCGCACAUCGGGUGAGAACUCGAGCAAUGGCGAGACGGGAGGAAGAGGAGGAGCAAACAAGUCAGAUCCCAACCUCUCCCACCAAAACAUGGGAGCCGUCCAUCGUGAUAGGCACUCCGCUCUGGCUCUCCGGAGAAGACCCCACUACCAUCGAGAUAGCCGACAGGAAGGUCGCCCAGGCACGCUUGCGCGCUGAGCACUAUCCAGGCCAUCCGUACUUUGCCCAGCUGUACCAGGAGGCGGUUCGAGAGAGGGAGCAGCUUGAUGAAGCGGACGAGGCUAACUGGAGGCCAAGAUCCACGCUCCAAUCAACCCACGACAGAGCCGUCCAACAGCGGCUGGAAAACCUGCGUGCCAUUCUGCAGCAGAGCAAGUUCCCGCCCGAGCGUGCAAACAUCGAGGCCGCCAUCGCGGGCUACGAGUGCGGCGACAUCCCCUAUUCGGACUCGUACACGCUCAUCUGGGCCGGCCGCAUUGUCGACAGCUGCCCGGACUUUGACUCGUUCACCGACGACCGCAGCGCGCGGCUGGACCGCUACCACGCCGAGCACGGUCCCGGCUGGCUCUGGUACGAGCCCCCCCUGGCCGGCGGUCGCACCUUCCUCCGCGCGCAUGGCGCCACCAUCCUGGCCAAGAAGGGCUUCUGCCUGGAGAACCACGACCGCUGGCGCCGCAGCACCGAAGGAAUGGGCCACUACCGCAUGCGCAUGGGCUUCCGCCGCCGCAAGCUGCACGUAACCCGCGGGGAAGAGGAAAGCACCACCAGCCCCCUAUCCCCCUCGCGUACCGGUAGUAGUAGCAAUAGUAGUAGUAGACGCAAUCGCCCUCACCAUCGCCGCUCCUCCGUCCCGGGUCUCGACAACCACCUACAUAACGACGAGAUCAACAAUGCCAACACCAAGACCAAUACCAAGACCAACACUAAGAAACUCCCGCGGUGGCCCCCAACCGUCCCGGACCGGGACGGCCCGCGCGUGUUUUACGACACACUCCUCGACAGCGGCGCCACUCUGCCGUGCCUCUACGAGUCCGACCUGUCGGCGCUGCACAUUGACCCGGACCGGUACGCGGCCCAGUCCAGCCGGAGCGUGGCCACCGCCGACGCGCUGUCGAGCUACAAGGUGUUUGAGCUCGACGUGGGCAUUUCGUUUGCCGACCCGUCGAAACCGCCCGAUGACAACAAUAACAACAAGGAUGGCGAGAAAAAAAAGGGGGGAGAAGACGGCUCGAAUGAGGGAGAAAAAGAAGUAGUAGAAAAAGAUGAUGAAGACGAAGACGAUGAAGAGCCAAUGCCAACGCUAGGCUGCACCCUCCCCGUCGUGAUCUUCCCGGGACGCGCGCCCAACGAGGAAAACGGCGCGGCCGCCCACCCGGAGAGCGCCCCCGACCGACUGAGCGGCAUCCUGCCCUUUCUCGCGUGCUACCUGUCGAGCGCGCCGGGCAACUUCAAGCUGUGGCUGGGCGAGGACAGGCGGGACGUGCUCGGCGCGGGCCGGCUGCCGGGCCAGAUGCGCUUCGGCGUGUAUGAGGACCACCAUCUUGCGUCUUCUUCUUCUUCCAUGCAGGGCACUAAGACGAAGAAGAACAAGAACAACAACAAAAAGAAGAAGAAGAAGAAGAAGAAGAAGAAGAAGGGGGAACUGGUGCUCGGCGGGGAGGAUGUUGAUGAUGAUGAUGAUGAUGAUGAACUGCUGCUACACACGCCGAGACGGGUCAUCUUCGAGCACGACAUGGCCGACGGCAGCGGGCGGGUGCUGCGCGAGGAGGAUGUUGGUGGCGGCAGUGUCCUCAUGAGGGGGCCGAAGGGGGGAGUUAUUGACUUGGAUGCAGCUGCCGACUGGGGGUUGGAUCCCGCUGACAAGAAGGAGGCGGUCGGCGGCGGCCUCGAGGUCGUUCGUGUCCAGCGGGGAAGAGGAGGAAGAAGACAGCUACGGCGGAGAGUGAGAUAGGGGGAAGAAGAAGCCUCCUGUUGUUGUGGUGGUGGUGGUGGUGGUGGUGGUGAGAUAGAGAGGAUCAAGAGCGAGCCGACUAGGG